UUAAAACUAAAAAGAAACUGAAACAAAUAUUUAUGUAUAUUUAAACGGUAUUUUGCUCACCACAUCAACCUACACUCACAUAAAUGAUGUAAAAACCAGUUACUUAAACAAAUCAACAAAACCUAAACGAAGUAUACGAUUCAAUGCAAUUAUUAAAUUAAAUUUAAACUUACAAAAUACAAAACGCCUCGAAACAAAACAAAUAUUUAAAACUACAUUUUUGUCUGCCAUACGAGAAAAAAGAAUAUAUAUGUAUAUGUAAUUAAAAUAAAAACACAAAAUUAAACAAAGUUAUACGCUACAACAACAAAUUCUAUACGAUAACGUACCAAGUGCAAAACAAAAUAAAUUCAAAAUAACAAAAACCAAAUUUAUGAAUAUUGUGUCAAAUUAAAAUUAAGUUUAGUACUUCAAUUUAUAACGCCACCAGCAAACUUUAGGGAUAGUUUGCUACAAAUAAAAAAAAACAAAAAUCCAAUACAAAACUCAUCUAAGUUACGAAAACUCGUCAAAAUUCAGCAAAAUUUAAAUAUGUUGCACGAGGCUCUGAUGCUCGAGAUCUACAGACAGGCGCUAAAUGCCGGCGCUCUGCCCACAGCUCGUCCCCGCUCCACGGAGUCGGCAAAUUCCAGCGAACGGUGUCCAUCGCACGAUUCCAACUCGUCGGACAAUGGUGGUGGCGGUGGCGGUGGUGGUGGUGGCCCUGGCAGCGGCAGUGCGGUGGGUCAGCGCAUGGAUGCCGCAGCCAUGUCCGCCGGCAUGAUGCCCGGGCCCUCCCUUCAUCCAACAUUCCCGGCUGUGCCGCAAUCUCUUCCCGCCCAGCCGCCCUCGAUGGAGGCGUACCUGCACAUGGUGGCGGCGGCUGCCCAGCAAUAUGGAUUCCCGCUGGCGGCAGCCGCAGCGGCGGGGGCGGGGCCACGCCUACCUCUGCCACUGCCCAAUGAGGCGUCUGCUCCAUUUAAACUGCCUCCGCAAGCCUCGCCGACAGCAUCAUCGAGCAACCACUCGGAAGCUCUGGACUUUCGCACCAAUCUAUAUGGACGGGCGGAAUCGGCAGAGCCACCGGCUUCCGAGGGCGAGGAAGAGGACUUCGAUGAUGGCGCCAACAAUCCCCUCGAUCUCUCUGUGGGCACCCGGAAGCGUGGCCACGACUCGGAGCCACAGUUACUGGGUCACAUCCAGGUGAAAAAGAUGUUCAAGUCGGAUAGUCCGCCCGCGAAUCCGGGGCCUGCCACGCCCACAGCCAGCCAGUUGCUGCCAGGAGUAAAUCCAUAUUUGGCGGCCGUGGCAGCGGCCAAUAUAUUCCGGGCGGGUCAAUUCCCAGACUGGAAUGGCAAGAGUGAUCUGGUUGUGGAUCCCCUGGAGAAGAUGUCCGACAUUGUGAAGGGAGGAGCAGGAGGAGGAGGAGGAGCGGGUGGCCUGAGCAGCAAGGAGAAGAUGCACUCGUCGUCCAAGGCCACGCCACCACAAGCAGCAGCAGCACCACCGCCAAAGAGUCCCGUUCAGUCGGCAUCCAGCCAUCAGAAUUCCGAGUCAGGAGGGGCUGGAAGUGGCAGCGGGGGCGUGACCAAGGCCAGGCACAACAUUUGGCAGUCGCACUGGCAGAACAAGGGAGUGGCCAGCUCCGUGUUCCGGUGUGUGUGGUGCAAGCAGAGCUUCCCCACCCUGGAGGCCCUCACCACCCACAUGAAGGACAGCAAGCACUGUGGGGUCAAUGUGCCGCCCUUCGGCAAUCUGCCGAGUAACAAUCCCCAGCAGCAGCACCAUCAGCACCACCAGCAUCCAGCUCCUCCGCCGCCACCGCAGAACCACAAUCUGAGGAAGCAGGGUGGCUCCGGCAGCGGCUCGAACCACUCACCAUCUGCGAACGUUAAGAAUGCCUUCCAGUAUCGAGGAGACCCACCCACGCCGCUGCCCAGGAAAUUGGUUCGCGGCCAGAACGUUUGGCUGGGCAAGGGUGUGGAGCAGGCCAUGCAGAUCCUCAAGUGCAUGCGGUGCGGCGAGAGCUUCCGUUCCCUCGGAGAAAUGACCAAGCAUAUGCAGGAGACGCAGCACUACACGAAUAUUCUCUCCCAGGAACAGAGCAUCUCCAUCAAGUCGGCCAAUUCCAAUUCCAAUUCGGAUGCCAAGGAGAGCCAGAACAGCCUCAGUUCGGAGGAGAGUCGGACUCUGAGUGCUGUGCUCACCUGCAAGGUGUGUGACAAGGCAUUCAGCUCCCUGGGGGAUCUGAGCAACCACAUGGCCAAAAACAAUCACUAUGCUGAACCCCUGUUGCAGUCCGCUGGAGCUCGCAAGCGACCGGCGCCCAAGAAGCGCGAGAAAUCGCUGCCGGUGAGGAAACUCCUCGAAAUGAAGGGUGGAGCCUCGAACCAGGAGGAUCUGGCUGCCGAAAAGUCCGCAGUGCAAGGAAAGCCCGGCCUGGGACCCGGUGGCGGUGAUAAGAACGAUGCUGCUCUCUUUGCCGAGCGCAUGAGGCAGUACAUCACGGGUGUGAAAUCCCCCGAAGAAAUGGCCAAAGUGGCGGCAGCUCAACUCCUCGCCAAAAACAAGUCCCCCGAGUUGGUGGAACAGAAGAAUGGUGGGGCCAAGGCCGCUCCUGGGGCAUCCUCCGUGCUAAGUGCCAUCGAGCAGAUGUUCACCACCAGCUUCGACACACCGCCCAGACACGCCAGCCUGCCAGCGAGUAGUCCAUCCAACUCAUCCACCAAAAACACAUCGCCAGUGGCCUCCAGCAUAUUGAAGCGCCUGGGAAUCGAUGAGACUGUGGACUACAACAAGCCCCUGAUUGACACCAAUGAUCCGUAUUACCAGCACUACAGGUACACCAGCAGCGAGCGGAGCGGCAGUGAGUGCAGUGCAGAGGCCCGGCCGCGACUGGACGCUCCUCCCACUCCCGAGAAGCAGCAUCCGGCGGGGUUGGAGGAGGAGUCCUCCAAACCUGUGAUCAAGCAAGAGAGGGAGCACACAGAGCCCGCCGAGUCCAUCAAAAUGGAGAUCAAGUCUGAGGUGGAAGGGGACGAGCAGCCGAUUGAGGCUGACGAGCCUUCCAAAAUGGAGACCACUUUGGUGAAUGGCACCGCUGCCAUCAACAAUAACAACAACAACGUGGAAAGGAGCUCACCAAAGACACCCUCCUCGUCAUCGGCAGCCAGUCCUCAGGCCAGGUUGCUGCUGCCACCCAGGAGUCCGGCCGAGAGCCAGCGAUCCGUUACACCCAAGUCACCCGCCUCCAGUCACAAGUCCUACGACGGCAGCUCCGAGGGCAACACCAAGAAGUAUCCCAGUGACUCCCUGAACGCCCUAUCCUCCAUGUUCGACUCCCUGGGCAGCAGUGGUGGCGCAGGAGGCGGUGGCAACACCAGAGCGAAGCUGGUUGCUGCGGCAGCUGCUGCUGCUGCAGGUGGAUCCGAGUCUCCGGAAAAUCUCAGCGGCAGCGGCGGAAACUCACUGGCGGCCCUGCGACAAUUCUGCGUGAAGAAGGAGAAGACCGCCUAAAAGUCCGCAAAAGACGAGACGAAAAGCGAAAUCGAAUCGAAUCGUUUGCCUUGUUUUCGUUGUUUCGAGAAAAA